CGAGCAGUCGUGCGGCUCUUAGUGUGUAACAGUAUUUAAAAAACCUUUUCAUAAAACGUUUUCAUUUCAGUAUCUCCUAAAAGGUCUUUCGUGACGCAUUAUCGGAUCAUAUUGGCAUGGGAUAAAACAAAUAUAUGCACAAAAAAAGCAGGUUUUCGCUUUUGCUAGGUUGCCAGGUGGUUAGCUUGGUAGCUAAAAUACAAAUAUGACAGCCUUUGUUAGCUAGCUGGCUAAUUUCUGUGGAUUCUGGGCAAAAGGAGGUUUUUAGGUUUGUUUAAACUUGGCGUUUGCGUUGGGACGUUGUUUCAUUUGUGCCCUGAAUAAUAUUCGCAUCAGGGUACGUUUUAAUUUUUCCUGAACUUAUGCAGUUUAAAAAAUGAGGAACAAAGAUGAGCCAGAAAUUCUUGCGGAUUGUACCGACAACACAGUACCAGAAACGCCUGAGGCCAAGCGUCCAUCUAAACCCGUUGCUGUCAAAGCCCCAGAUCCUGUACUGGAGGACUCGUCCUCCGAUUCGGAUGUGGAGAUGUCAGGAAGCUCUAUGAUCUCACUGGGGCCGGGGAAGACGUCUGGGACUUCGACACUGACAGCUCUGGGCACAAUCUCCUUCUCUGAUAAAGAGGAUGAAGUAACAGGGGUGAAGACGGGCACGUCGCACCACGAAGGACAGGAUCAGCGAACGGAGACCAAACAGAAACAUUCUUCAUCUUUGAAGACAUCUGGAAAUGGAGAUACAGUGUGUAAAAGAAGGCAGGAGGAGAUGUGUGACAAUUCCACAGAGAGCAAUAAUAGCAGCAAGAAGAGGCGUGAGUCACUGACGGAUGAUUCGGCCGACGAGGGACCUGAGCCCAGCUGGAAGGACCAGGAGACCAUGGUUAAGAAGCUGCAGCAUAGUUUUCCAAAUCUCAACAAGGAGGAGCUCAGGGACGUGCUUCACGAACACAGCUGGGUCAUCGAGGACGCCCUGGAGGCUCUGCGCAUGUUCUCUGAGCACGUGGUGGAGUGCAGCAGUGAUGACUCUGACCCCGAACCCCCUCCGUCUUCUGAACGCAAAAGCACAAAUCCGACUCCAAACCCCAGCACUUCUGCAACAAAGCAGCUACCAAACAGAUCCCUCAAUGGAGACCGAGACGCUCGGAUGAGUAGGAGACAGCUGACGAGAGAAAUCCAGAAGCAAGAUAGCAGCUCAGAAGACAAUGCAAGCGACUUCGAGGCGUCCCCCGGACAUUUAGACUUGGACUCGGAUUCGGACGAGGCUGAUGAGAAGCUUCCCAGGCUGAAGUCUCAGAUCCUGGAUUUCUUCCAGAAGGCCACGGUCGACGAGCUGACACUGAUCGCUGGCUGCUCUCUAAAGAAGGCUCAGAAAAUCAUUGAGCUGAGGCCGUACCAAAAGUGGAACGAUCUGGAUGAUGUCCUACACAGAGGUAACGGCCUCUCUGCGGAGCUGCUCACCGGGUGUCGAGAGGUCCUGAGGGAGCGAGAGGUGGUACAGGGGCUCAUGGUCAAGUGUGAGGAAAUUUCCAGAAAGAUGACUGAAUUGGUGCAGAAGGGACUGGGAUCUAUGAGUCAGCCUCACAUCCUUAACAGCACGUUCGAGCUGAAACCGUACCAGUUGAUUGGCCUUAGCUGGCUGACCCUGCUACACAAGAACCAGCUAAGCGGGAUCCUGGCAGACGAGAUGGGUUUGGGAAAGACUAUACAAGUUAUCUCUUUUCUGGCACACUUGUAUCAGGAGGGGAACAGAGGGCCGCAUCUCAUCACUGUGCCUUCAUCCACGCUAGAUAACUGGGUUCGAGAGCUGAACCUUUGGUGCCCGAGUUUAAAAGUGCUGGUUUACUACGGGUCUGUCGAGGAACGGAAGUGCAUCCGCUACGAGAUCCUGAACGAAGAGGUGGACUAUAACAUCAUUGUCUCAACAUACAACCUGGCCAUUGGGAACUCCAACGAUCGCAGCCUGUUCCGUAAACUCAAGCUGGAAUACGCCGUUUUUGAUGAAGGACACAUGCUGAAGAACAUGAGCUCGCUGCGCUAUCGCCACCUUAUGGGCAUCAAUGCCAAAUAUCGGCUGCUGCUGACUGGAACGCCGCUGCAGAACAACCUGCUUGAGCUGAUGUCUCUGCUUAACUUCAUCAUGCCCAACAUGUUCUCCAGCAGCACCUCACAGAUCGGCAAGAUGUUCUCCAUGAAAUCCUCAGAGGAGCAAAGCAGCUUUGAGAAGGACCGUAUUGCUCACGCCAAACUCAUUAUGAAACCCUUCAUCCUGCGGCGUAUUAAACGUGAGGUCCUGAAGCAGCUGCCUGCCAAGGAGGAGCAGAUUGAGUUCUGUGCCAUGAGCGAGAAACAACAGCAGCUUUACGACACUCUGUUCAGCAAGCUAAAGACCUCCAGCAACACAGAGAAGCGAGAACUGACCAACGUCAUGAUGCAGCUGAGGAAGAUGGCCAAUCACCCGCUCCUGCACCGGCAGUAUUACUCCAGCAGGCGUCUCUCCACCAUGAGCAGACUCAUGCUCAAGGAGCCGAGUCACCGCGACUCGAACCCGGCUCUGAUCGAAGAGGACAUGGCGGUGAUGUCCGACUUCGAGCUGCAUCAUCUGUGCCAGCAGUACCCUACGCUACAUGACCAUCAGCUGACCACAGAGCAGCUGCUGGAUUCGGGGAAGCUCCACCUCCUCACACCUCUACUGACAGACCUCAAAGAACAGGGUCACCGAGUGGCCCUCUUCAGCCAGUUCACCAUGAUGCUGGACAUCCUGGAGGUGCUGCUCAAACACCACAAGCACAGGUACAUCCGAAUGGACGGCUCCACACCAAUGAGUGACAGGAUCGUGUUAAUCGACCAGUUCAACACGGACCGGGAGAUCUUUGUGUUCCUGCUGUCCACUAGAGCUGGAGGACUCGGCAUCAACCUGACCUCAGCUAACGUUGUCAUCCUGCAUGACAUCGACUGCAAUCCAUACAACGACAAGCAGGCAGAGGACCGGUGUCACCGUGUCGGACAAACCAGGAAUGUUAAGGUGAUCAAGCUGAUAAGCAAAGACUCCAUAGAGGACGCAAUGCUCCGAAUCGGCCAGAGGAAACUCAAACUAGAGCAGGACAUGACAGCCAAUGAGGAAGGUGAUGAGGACACCAUUCCUGAUGACAUAGCCUCCCUUCUCAAAGCUACAUUGGGUCUGUGAGAAAUAAAGGAUCACUGGAUCAUCAGUGUUGGUUCAUCGUUCGUGAGAGCGUUGUUUCAUUUUGACUGAAGUACUGUAACACAAAGAACAUGUGCACUGAUCCUGAAUGUUUAUACUGGAGAUAUAAGUUUACAAAUUCUUUACACAUCCUCUGGAAAAACUCCUGUAGGAAGUGCACCAUGGUUUUUGGAUCCAUUUCAGAAUGUAAUAAAGUAUUGUUCUGUUUUCAUUUUCUGUGUUUGCCAAAACUUUAAAUAUUAAAAAAAGAGUAAAAUCA